AUGGUGGAUGUGAAGUGUCUGAGUGACUAUGAAUUACAGAACAAACUUAAUAAGCUUGGAUAUUCACCUGGCCCGAUAUUACCUUCCACCAGAAAAGCGUAUGAAAAAAAGUUGGUGCAACUCUUGGUCUCACCUCCCAGUGUAUCACCUGUGAUGAAUGGACCCAGAGAGCUGGACAGAGCUCAGGAUGAUGACGCUAAAGAGCUUAAGACCACUAUCAUGUUGAAAGGAAAUAUCAUCUCUUCAGAAAAACACAAGGGACCCAAAAAAAGACCUGAGGCUUUCACCACGAGACCAAAAGCUCUAGAUGGCUGCUGCCUGGCUUAUAAGCAUUCUGAGGGAAUAAGGCUUACUAGAAGAGCAUCAGGCACCAGAUUCAAAGAAUGGAGAAGCCCCCGAGAGACACACUACUGCACAGUGGACAACAUUAUUGAGUUCUGGAACGUAGAAAUGUUUCCAGUGGCCUUGAGGCUUGCUGUGUUUGGCAUCUUCAUCAUUGUGUUAUUUGUCUACAUAACGGUGGAAAGGAAGCCGUUCUUUGGUUAA